AUGUAUGAAUAAAAUACUAUAAAGGAUUUUCAUAGUCCUAACUUUGUAAUAUAUGUUAUAAUGAAAGGACAUAAUAGCAUAAUAGAGAGAGAAGAAAAUGAGAAAAUAGGAAGAAAAAGUGAUGUCUUAAAAGAAAAUAAGAUUUGGUAUUGUGAGAAUGCAAUAUGGGAUGAAGUAAAAUUGAAAUCUCGCUAUAUGAAAGAGGAUUAGAAAGAAAUUAUAUAAUAGGUUUCAUUGCGAACCAUCAAAUCUGUGAAGAAGGAGGAGUUAUAGCAAGAAUAAAUGAUGAGAAUUUAAGGGAGAUAAAAAUAGUAUUAGUAAUAAGCAUUUACAUGA